GCGAUUGGCGCGGCCGCGGCCCGGCCCCGGGCCCGUGCUCCCCCGGCAGGCGCGGCAUGGCAGCGCCCGACACGGAGGAAGGGGCGGCCGAGUCCCCGCCGGCGGCAGGGAAGAAAGGGGCGGAGGAGGAGGAUGACUUCGGCUACCGGCUCUUCCCGGACCGGAAUAAGAAGCCGCAGAGCUUCCUGGUCCGCAGCCUCUUCACCUUCCACAACAAGUGCCAGCUGAUGCUGAGGAUGACCCUGGAGACGAAUCCAUAUGCUCGACUUCUCCUUGAGGCUCUGAAGCAGUCUGGUUGCACUGUCUUCAAUGACCGGCACUUUUCUUGUGAAAACUGUGAUGGCUGUGUCAGUGGCGGUUUUGAUGCUGCCACAUCUCAGAUUGUUCUGUGUCAGAAUAACAUUCGCCAGCAAUCCCAUAUGAACCGGGUGGUCACACAUGAAUUGAUUCAUGCAUUUGAUCACUGCCGUGCACAUGUUGACUGGUUUAAAAAUGUCAGACACUUAGCAUGUUCAGAGAUUCGAGCUGCUAAUCUCAGUGGAGACUGUACACUGAUGAAUGAAAUAGCGAGGUUUAAAUUUGGAUUGAAAGGGCACCAUCAGACUUGUGUACGAGACAGAGCAAUUCGUUCUAUUCUGGCUGUUAGAAAAGUUAGCAAAGAAACAGCAGAAAAAGCUGUGGAUGAAGUUUUUGAUGCCUGCUUCAAUGAUCUGGAACCUUUUGGAAGAAUCCCACACAGCAAAGCAGAUGCAAAACGUGCUUACAGAGACUUUCAGAACAGAGAUCGCUAUUAUGCUAAUUUGUAAGGGGGGGGGGAAACCACAUGAGAAAUCACAUURAUACCUGAUUGUUCUGUAAUGUCUGGAUUUACAGUCUGUGCCCACAGUUCUGGUGGAAAGGGUAAUUCUAUCAAAUGUAUCAAUUAAUUUUUUAGGCCUUUUUCAUGAGCCAACUUCUGUGGAAGUAAAUGGGGUAAACGAACAAGACUAAAAACUGUGUUUCCUCACCUGUUACUCYGGAAGGAUAAUUUAGUAUGCCAAAUGAUUUAUCAAAUAAUGAUCUGCACAUUUCAAUGUGCAUUUAAUUUUAAUCAGUCUGACUGACUUGGUUUCUGAAAGUUUUGCUGUCACUGAAUAAAUCUUUUCAUAAUAUCUUUAUGUUUUCACUGUCUUUGAUACACAGUCAUGAACUUGAUAAUAUUCAUCACUUUAGUUUAAAAGAUGGGCACCUGAACUGCAGCUCUAGGGUCUGGAUUUAAUAACUAUGGCUAAGCCAAACUUUAAUAACUACCACAUUUGUUUUUGAGYGCCUCCUGAAAUUUGUGGGCAGUCUAACAUUUGUUAGUGGUGGGAAAGCUUUUGUGACUCGAGUCCUUUAUGCAUAGAAUUAUUGCUCAUGUCCUAAUUGUCUCUGGUAGUGGAGGACUGGGUAUGAUGGUCAGUGUUGCUUUCUCGUGUUCUGUAUCCCAAUAUAUUUUGUGACAACAGGACUGUCAGUGUAUGAAGCUUUUUCAGAUUACUUUUUCAGCAUACAUAAUUGAGAUUUGGCUGUGGUGGGCCAACAGACUUGAGCGGGAGUGAAGUACUGAACUGCUCAGAGAAAUGUCAGCACAUGCACAAAUUUCAGGUGCCUGACAUGGUGCAGCUGAAAGGGGGAGGUACUCCCAAGUACCUCCAGAAUUUGGCAGAUUYAAACCUAAGCACAGUCUUCACAAGGACAAAACAGAACACACACAAAGUCCCUGAAAGCUGAUUAAGUCCGAAUGACCUGAGUUCUGUUUGUGUUGGACUAYGUGUGGGUUGCAUUUAUUUGCAGGUGUAGCAUAAUUCAUACCUACAGGAACCGUUAUCUCUGGGGCUAAGCAUUAAUGUAGAUCCCUCAGAAAGUCAUUCCAGUUGUAUUUGAGGGAUCUUUGUUAAGACAUAACUUUUUCCAACUUGUUCUUUCAACAUUUUUACAGAAUUUCAMAUGGAGAUUUCAUGAUCUUAUUUUCCCAGGGUAGUUCAUCAGUGACAUAGUCUCAUGGCUGAAUAUCUGARCUGAAAACAAUGGAUAUAAUAACCUAGAUACCUAAAUAGAGAAUUACAAUUACUUAUGUAAUUAUCUCCAUGGAGAAAAUUACACUUUGAAUUCUAAGCUUCCCAUAUCCCAUGUAGUCUGUAUAGACCUGGGGUUUACAAAAUCCUGUGAGGAUGAGAUGCCUUGAAACAGCGUAAUAGUGUGUGUUAAUAUUCUGUUAACCUUUACUGCUCUUCAAAUCACCAUUUUAGUCAGUAUGAUGCAUGACGCUGGGUUUUUUUAUACUUUUGACACAUAUUCUSGCAGAUAAUUCCCUUCAUUAUACCUUACUAACCAAAGUUCUGCAUUAAUGAAUGUGUGUGUUUGUGUUUAUAUUGUAUAUUGACCAAGACAUUGUUUGAACAUACACAUUUGUCUUUAUCUGGGAGAAGCUUUAUCAAGUCUACUUACAAAUGAAAAAUAAAGCAAUAAAGACUAGAAAAUGCAAGCAUACAAACUGCUUUCUUUU